GUAAAGGCGACGCCAGGCAGCACUCGGGGACAGCGGGGUGCCAGGACGUGAGCGCGAGAGCCGAGGUGGCACCAGGCAACCUAAACGGAAUCGUGAACUUCGUGGCAUCAGUGUGAAUCACUCGCCAUGGGGGCGUGGGCGGCCUGGGCGGUAUUGCUCAUGCUGGCUGGGCUCGUAGGCGGCCAGGGCAGGGACACGCGCCCGCUUAUCAGACCUCCUCCGGAGGUCGUGGGGCCAGAGGGCAUGGAGGAGGACAUCCCGGACGAGGCCUUCUUCGUCGACACCGUCAGGAGAAACGAGCUGAGUGAGAGUGAGACUCCUGCCAUAGACGA